UACAACUAGGUAGUUGUUGGUGAGCUGCGAAGCCAAGAGAGAAACCGUGUGACCCAAAGUCAAACACGGCGAGUCGGAAUCCAGUUGGAGGCGCGCAGCACUGACAUCGCGAGAAACACUCAUCCCGGCGCAGACCCUGGAUAUGGCAACGUCUAUACUUGGGGAAGAGCCACGGUUUGGAACUACACCUCUAGCAAUGCUGGCGGCCACUUGCAACAAAAUUGGCAACACCAGUCCCCUCACGACUUUACCUGACUCGAGCGCUUUCUCGAAAGGUGGAUUUCACCCGUGGAAAAGAUCCUCCUCGAGCUGCAACUUGGGAUCCAGCCUGCCCGGUUUCACAGUAGCGACGAGCCGCGCGUCGACAGGACUAACGCCGACCAGCGGCGCGGGCAACAGCGCCUUUUGCUUGGCCUCCACGUCCCCGACCUCGUCGGCGUUUUCCACAGAGUACAGCGGUCUGUUCUCCAACUCUGCGGGGGUCGCGUCUCAAGAGUCCGGACAGUCGGCUUUUAUAUCCAAAGUCCACACAUCGGCGGAGACUUACCCGCGGGUGGGGAUGGCGCACCCGUACGAAUCGUGGUACAAGUCCGUUACACUCGUCAUCUCCGGCGACGUCGCCAACAGCGCGUCCUCGUAGUGAGACGUGCACACUAAUCCGGGGUCGUGGCUCGAUGUCCAGAACCCCGCGAGCACCCUGCAGACCUCGCUGCACACCGGCUCGCCUCAAGCCAUCCACUCGCAGCUGAGUGGCUACAACCCGGACUUCUCCUCGCUGACGCACUCGGCGUUCAGCUCCACUGGAAUCAACCCCAGCGCGUCCCACCUGCUGUCCACCGGUCAGCACCUGUUAACACAGGACGGCUUCAAGACGGUCAUCCCCACUUACACAGACGCUUCCGCCGCCAACGCCAUGAUUUCUGGGGGCAGUUCAGGAAUAAGUAGCUCCUCGAGGUCAUCCCGGCGGUACUCCGGCCGGGCGACGUGCGACUGUCCCAAUUGCCAGGAGGCCGAGCGACUGGGACCUGCCGGCGCCAGCCUGCGCAGGAAGGGACUCCACAGCUGCCACAUUCCCGGCUGCGGUAAAGUGUACGGAAAGACAUCUCACCUCAAAGCGCAUCUGAGAUGGCACACCGGCGAGCGGCCUUUUGUCUGCAACUGGCUUUUCUGCGGCAAAAGGUUCACUCGGUCCGAUGAGCUCCAGAGACACCUUCGCACCCACACCGGCGAGAAAAGGUUUGCAUGCCCGGUAUGUAACAAGCGCUUUAUGCGGAGUGACCAUUUGAGCAAGCACAUCAAAACGCACACGGCCGGUGGAGGAGGCAAAAGGGGCAGCGACAGUGACACCGACACCAGUAACCUGGAGACCCCGAGGUCCGAGUCGCCAGAACUUAUUUUGGAGGGGGUUAAUCCCAGAAUCACUGUUAAGGAUCCGUCUCCUCAAGACGAGCCCUAAUGAGGUUUCAGCCCAAAAAUCAAACCAGAUUCAAAACUGCACAGCGUUGAAAACGGGUCUAAUUUGACGAGACAAUAAAAGGAGAAAAUAUUUCAAGUCUUAAAAAAAUAUAUAUUCUCCACAGGCGUAACGAGUAUUUCAUUCGUAAAUCCAUCUAAAGAAAACACAGGCAACUUCAAAAUGAAAUGGAUGUUUGAGGUGGCGCGAAACCUGUUGAACUUUGGUUGGACAAUGUGAGUUACAUCUUGUAUAUUGACGACUAAACUAUGUGUUAUUUUCAUGUAAAUGUUAGGCUAUGAUUGUUUUAUUCGUGUUGGUAUCCUGGAAAUCAGGGAGUUUACUUUCGACGCACUUUGUGGAUAUGUAUGUAUACAGCUUUUUCAACUUUGGUUAAUCAUUUUAUUUCUUUGCUAAAAAAAUCUAUAUAUAAAUGUUUACCUGUAUAAAGUCACACGUAUAACACUUUCAUUUUAUCGUAAUUAAAACAUCUUUAAAAAAGGCUGAAA